AUGUGGGUUCUGGAGAAAAUCCGGAGCUCGGUGGAGAACAAUGCUCCCCGGCCAGGGGAGGCAGGAGACAAACAGGACAAGACACCCAUCUACAGCAACGUUCUUACCCCUGAUAAGAUUCCAGACUUCUUCAUCCCUCCCAAGCUGGUGAGCUGCCCACCAGAGACUGAAACACCAGACGUGAAGCCCAAGGAAGGUGUACAGCCUUCCACCUCAGAGCAGAUCAUUGGUAACAAAAUCAGCAGCCCUCGAAGUCCUCGCCUGGUCAGCAAACUAGCUGGAGACACCAAAAACCUGCUAAGGGCUGCCAACCGUCACAUCAUUCAGAUCGAGAGUGCGGAUGAUGUUGUUGCUGGAGACACCAAUGCUGACCCUCAGUCCCAGACAGCUAUGUCUUUGUCAUAUAUUCCAAAGACUCAGACCUCCUAUGGAUUUGCUACACUAAUGGAGAGUCCCCAUACUCGUCGGAAAGAGUCGCUCUUUCACUGUGACCACACAAGCCCAGUCACAUCCCCCAACACCCAGCGCAAGUCAGCAGGCAAGUCCAGCAUUGAAGUUAACCAUCUGAACCCUCUGGAUUUCAGUACAUCCCAUAUCAACCCAUAUCGCUACUUUAGUGGGGGCGAGAGUGACACAUGUUCCUCGGCUGAAUCCUCUCCGUUCAGCUCGCCCCUGCUGUCCCGCUCUGCCUCCUUGCUCAAGAUCUUCACCCAUGAGACUCAGGCCAAAGUGGUCAAAGCCAAGAGGACAUUUGCCCGGCAUAGUUCACUCUCCACUGAUGAGUGCAGCUCUGCAGAGCCCAGCCCCAGCGUGCCCAGGAGACUCCACUCUCCCGCAGAUGGUGGAACUCUGGAUCAUCAGCAUGGGAAGAACAGACAGCAAAGGGAGCACAGAGUCAACCUCCACAAGGGAGGAAUGAUCCGGCUCUGUGCUGAUUAUGAUCCAGGAACAGCACGUUUGCGUGUCCGCAUCAUUGCAGCUGAAGACCUUUAUGACCAGACGUUUGACAUAAAGAGCAUUAACUGCUGUGUAUCCCUCUACCUCAACCCGGGCAAGCAGCAAAAGCAGAGAAGCACUAUAAUCAAGAACAGCCGCAAUCCCGUCUUCAACGAGGACUUCUUUUUUGAUUCUGUGAGCUCAGCUGAGGUGAAAAGCCUAGCUCUGAAGAUCAAAGUGGUGAACAAGGGCACUAGCCUGAAAAGAGACAGCCUAGUAGGGGAGAGAGAGGUUCCUCUGGGGAAGUUGCUGCCUGGUCUUUAA